GGCUGGCAGACAGGAGACCUAGUCCUUCACCUCUGUCCUUUCUCUCUCGCUGGUGAUAUAUAUAAGACACUGGUCACACCAGAGAGAUGAGGAGAGGAGAGAGAGUCUACAAAAUGGACGUGGGUAGCAAGGAGGUCUUGAUGGAGAGUCCACCGGAUUACUCAGCAGGUCCCAGGAGCCAGUUCCGCAUCCCCUGCUGCCCUGUGCAUCUCAAACGCCUGCUCAUCGUGGUUGUGGUGGUGGUCCUCGUUGUGGUGGUGAUUGUAGGGGCCCUGCUCAUGGGCCUUCACAUGAGUCAGAAACAUACCGAGAUGGUCCUUGAGAUGAGCAUUGGAGCACCGGAAACGCAGAAACGUCUAGCCCUGAGUGAGCACAUGGACACCAUUGCUACCUUUUCCAUUGGCUCCAGUGGCAUUGUUGUGUACGACUUCCAGAGGCUCCUGACUGCCUAUAAGCCAGCUCCGGGAACCUGCUGCUAUAUCAUGAAGAUGUCUCCAGAGAACAUCCCUAGCCUUGAGGCUUUCACUAGAAAAUCUCAGAACUUCCAGGCCAAGCCCUCAGCACCCACCUCCAGGCUGGGCCAGGAGGAAGGGCAUGAUGCUGGUUCUUCCGGGAGGGAUGUGGCCUUCCUAGGCCUUGCUGUGAGCACCUUGUGUGGAGAGCUGCCGCUGUACUACAUCUAGGAUGCCUCAGGGUCGGUGGCAAACGCAGAGGGAAAGGAAAGACCCGCGGCCAAGGGUCUUUGACAGACAAGCAGGAAGCUGCUCCUGCCCAUACCCGACAGGAGAGGGUAGAAGUCCGUAGAGGAGAGGUGUCCCCUACGGGCCAGGGGGCUCUUGCCACAAAAGAAUAAAGCAGCCUGAUUGAAAAACAAA